UUAAUAAGUUAUAAUUUAUAAUUACUUAUUAUAAUAAGUUAAUAAUUUAUUAAGAAAUCAUGUUUUAAGAUACGUAAUGCAACAUUAAUAUGUUCAGUGAGGAUAUUGAUUUUAUCAAGAGAUAUGUGAAGCAUGAUGUGGAAGAUGAAAAACAGCAAGAUUUAACUCUUUGUUAUGCAUAUCCUAUCCUAAACAAAGUUCCUGAAAUUAAUGUUUUUGUAAAAGAAACCAAAAAUCUGCGAAAACAAUGUCAAGAAACUACUUUAGUUGAAGAUGGAUUGUAUGCUUCUAAUCUUCCAUUUGUUUACAGCGACAUUAAGCUUCCUGAAUUUAAUAAUUUGAAAGUCUUAGAGUAUGAAUCAAAACGAAAAUUCUCUGGUAAAUUGCUAGAAAUUGUAAUUCGUGAAGUAAAAAUUAACACGAGCCAAUCAGAUUCUAUUGAAAUCACAUCUGUUCAUUUGUUAUUUAAAAAGAAAGUUAUAUGUAAAACAAGUAGUCCUUUCAAUAGAAAAUUACAUAAACUUUUAAUUAAGAAUUUUGAAUGCAAUAAUCUUUCUAUACAAGUACAUACCAAAAGUGGUCAGUCUAGUAUCUUACCAUUGCCAUUACCAAAGAGGAACAUUGAAAAUUAUAAAAUAGAAAUAGAUUUUGCAAUAGCUGACAGUUUUGGUAGAAUACAUGCUGGAACAGUCACUUGUGCAGUUACUCUAAGUACAUAUGGUGAAAAUGAAGAGGAAUCAUAUACAUCUCAUCUUUAUAAAUUAAGUAAUGAUCCAAAUGAUCCUCAAAACAAUUUGUCUUUACUUAGGCCGCCAAAAAAUAUUCAUAAAAAACAAGUAAAAUACUUUUUAUUGGAAGAUGCAGCAUUAACUUUUGGCAAAGAUUCAGAAGCUAUCACUGCUAAGAAAAGUGAAAGAGAAGAAACUAAAUAUCCAGAUAUAGCCAUAAUGGAGCAACCUGCAUUUUCUUUAUUUAAUAUAUCAUUCAGGAACUUAUUCCAAGUUAAAUAUCCAUCAGAAUCAUCGUCUGGUAUCCGCAGACACCACACAAUAGGAAAGACAAUUUUGUCUGCAACUAUUUUACGAGGAAUAGAAAUACCAAUCAGAGAAGAGUCUGCAUUAAUUCAACCGUUUGUAGAAGUUGAAUGGGGUAAUACAAUACAUGCAACAUCUAUAGCGGAAGGUUCAGCACCUAUAUGGCAACAAACAAUGUACUUUGAAUUACCCAGACAAAAUGAAGAACAUUGUAUAAAGCUUCGUUUGUUUGAUCAACAUCCUGUGUGGGGUCAACAGUGGAUAGGUGAAGCUAGAAUUCCUCUUGAACAUCACAGAAAUUAUCAAGAACUCGAACGAUGGAUUACAUUAUCUCCAUUAUUUAGUCCAAGUUUGUUAUUUGGAUACAUACAAGCUAGUCCUGGUCAGCCAUGUACUCGUAUUUAUGUUCUGAUUAAAAUAGAUCAUCCAAGUACUCCUAAGUUGGUUGAAAGUACUGCUACAAAUACAUUAUUAAAAGGAAUUCAACGAUGUCUUGUUACAUCGUAUAAAAUUAACAGUGUAGAAAAUCCAAAAGAUGCUGCAAGAUUAGUGAUGCUUUUACAAUCAUUACCUAAUCAUUAUGGGCCAAUCACGCCACGUCAAGCAUUGAAUAUACGCAAAGUGGAUCACUAUGGAAGAGCAGCUCUACUUGCUGUAUUAUUACAAGGUUUCAAUUUAGAAACAUAUGUUUUAUUGGGUUCUUCUCAGAUAAGUAAAUGGACAUCAUUUGUUUUAAGUAUCAGCGAAAAUGGAAUCUAUACAUUAUGGGAUACAGAAGUUGGAAAUUACUAUAAAUUAGAUGAUAGCCAUUGUCCUUUAAUGAAAGUAUCCCGACUAAUUAAUCAUUCUGGUAUAUGGGAAAAUUUGCAGAAAUCUGUUUUGCCCCUUAAUCUCAAGUAUAACGUAAAAUUAAGUAAGGAAUGGCGAUCUAUUGAUGUUACUACUUCAACCAAAAAUGAUCAUACUGUUCAGGUAUUAGAUUUAAAUAUUACAGAGGAAGAACUAAGACAAAUUAAAAAAACUGCUACUGAUUUAGAGCAGAUCUUAAAAGAUAAAAUAGCUCAUUGGCGUAGCACAAUUGGUUUAACGACAAUCUUUAAUCGUCAUGCAAUAACUAUUUUACGAAACUUUAUUUCUAAGUUAGAGCCUUCUUCAGAAGUACAAUUAGAUAAGAGAGAUUUGAAACAACUAUAUAGGUCUUACCACGUCCAUGGUUUUAUUUUAAAUAAACGUGAAUGCAGCAUCGAUGAUUUGAGUGAACAUCUACGCGCAACAAAGAUUUAUGAUAUUAAUGAUCCAGUUGAAUUUGCUCUGGUAUGUCAGAUACAGCCUUACAUCGGUAAAAUUUCAUCAAUAUGGUUGGCUGUUAUAAUUCUUAAAAGUCGCGAUUAG